AGCUGAAAUAACGUUAGUUUUGAUUGUUGUUUUUUUUUUUGAACAAAAACAAGAGCUGGAAUGUGUGUAUAGUGCGUGUAAAUAUCUGUAUAUAUUAUAUAAAGUGGGAUUUUAUAAGUGAACAAUGCCGGGUUGUUGUAUCGCCAACUGUAACAAUAGGAGUGAAAAAGGUUUUCGACUUUUUAGUUUGCCGAGUGGAAAAAAAAGUGCUAACAGGAAGAAUGCUUGGAUAAAAUUCAUCAAUAGAAAAAAUUUGCCCGCAAGAGCAAGUGUUUGUGAGGCUCAUUUUGAAGAAACACAGUUUGAAACGCAGAGAACAGAUGGCCGAAGGCUGUUGAAGUGGAAUGCUGUUCCCACCUUGAAAUGUAAAAUUCCAGAAAGUGCCCAGAUUUAUUCGAUAGACACAGAAGGACCUUUGGUUACUGAAGAUGUAAACAAUGAACUGGAAAACUCUACGCAAAAAAGUCCAAAUACAGCUGAGUCCACAGCAGGAGAUUUAAAUUUUGUAACUAAUUUACAAUUUCAACGUCUGAAGAAUGAACUGCAAGCUGCACAACACAAAAUUCGGCAAUUGGAGAAGAAAAUUAACAAUCUCAAAGGAAAUUUUAAAAAAGCGUUUAGUGAGGACCAAGUACAUUAUCUUGAAAUGGGAGGCCACAGAGGUGUGGAAUGGUCUGAUGAGUCAAUAAAUAAGGCACUUCGCUUAUAUAUGGCCUGUGGGGCCAAAGGAUAUGAGGAAGUGAAAAGACAGAACUUGCCAUACCCCAGUAUCCGAACAUUACAGCAUCGGAUUAGAGGUAUAAAAUUUGGUGGUGGUGUUUUAGAAGAUAUGUUUAACCUCCUGGCUGUAAAAGUCCGGACAUUUAAACCAAUAGAGACGCAGGCAGUACUGUUGCUAGAUGAAAUGGCGAUACAACCUGGACUCCAAUACGACAACAGUCUAAAAAAAAUAGUAGGAAGGCCCACAAUGCCAUUAUCAGGUAAUCGGGACAGCUCCAACGAACUGGCGACACAUGCCUUGGUAUUCAUGCUAGGAGGCAUGACAACGAGAUGGAAACAAGUUGUGCAGUAUGAAUUUACAGCUAAUUCAUAUUGUGCUGAUGCUGUUUUGGAAAAAAAUUGUUACCAAUAGUGUUAAUAUUAGAAGUAGUAAAAGUAU